CACUCUUGUUCGAAAGUGCACUUCGACAGAAACGUUGAGAAGUCCAACCCUGGUCACCGAGGUCUAUACUCCAGUUCGAUCCCGAUCAGUCUUCCAAAAUGUCCUCUGUCGGUCCUGAACUACCGCCCGAACUGCAAAAGCGCAGACGCAGCGCCGAAGAUGACGACGAAGAAAACAACUCCUCAGAUUCCUCCACUGGCCCUCUUCCCUCAAGAACAGAUACACAAGCACAAGCACCACCCUCGACUAAACGUGCCCGUGUAAUAGGUCCAUCCCUCCCACCAGCACCACUUGAUCAACGCCCAUCAAGCCCUCCGCAGGCUGACCGGGACGAAAACACAAGUGAAAGCAGCGACCAGGACGACGACUACUUCGGUCCCUCCCUUCCCUCGGCAGCCGACGCGAUCAAGCCCACAUUAAACGGUCCACAAGCGCCUGAAGUAUCUACUCGCGCUCCUGCCCCAGCCCAGCGCGACGAAUGGAUGACUCUAGCUCCCACCAGCGGUGACUGGUCUUCACGCGUCGACCCAACAAAACUCAAGAACCGCGGAUUCAACACAGGUCGAGGGUCAAAGGCGCCCCCGAAACCACCCAGCGGCGGUGACCAGUCAUGGCACGAAACGCCCGAGCAAAAGCAAGCUCGCCUGAAAAGAGAAGUCAUGGGUAUCAAAGACUCCACUGUUACAACCACUGGGUCCAAAACGGAGCACAACGCUCACGAUGAGGAGACCGCACGAAGACUCAAAGAAUAUAAUGAAAAGCAACGAGGCACAUCGCUUUACGCCUCGCACCAUGCCUCGAGCAGGCCCAUCGAAGAGGAUGACCCCAGCGCCCGGGCGUUCGAUCGCGAGAAAGAUAUCGCAGGCGGCGCGACCGUCAACUCCACCAAACGCAGAGAAAUGCUCAAGAAGGCUGCGGAUUUCUCCUCCCGGUUCAGCUCGGCUAAGUAUCUGUAAUGGCUUCACGCACAGUGUCACGCGCAUGCGAAUAUACUAGAGGCAGCACUGAGCUGAGCU